AUGACAGGGCAAGCGCUUCAGGGGUUGCUUGCAGCACAGUCAUAUCCACCAGUGGUACCUAACUGGGGCAGUAACUAUUGCAAAACACUAAGGCAUGACACAUAUGAGUAUAUCAACCCUCUAACCAAGUCAGAUUGCAGAGGGAAAGCUAUUCUCGUGACCGGUGGAAGCAAGGGAAUUGGUAAGGGUGUGGCUAUAUCAUUUGCUAGAGCUGGGGCUUCACAUAUCGCCAUCACAUCGCGCUCCAAUGCCCCAGAGGUCGUCAAGGAAAUUGAGACAGCCGCGACUGAGGCUGGACGAGAGAGGCCAGUGGUAACCCUAUUACAGAUGGAGAUCUUAGAUAUGUCGACUGUGCGCAGUGCUGCUCAAACAAUAGAGGCAGAUUGGGGUCGACUCGACAUCCUCAUCAGCAAUGCGGGCUAUUUAGCAAAGUACGAGAAGAUUCUAGAUGGAAACGAAGACGAGUGGUGGAGGAGCUUCGAGAUUAAUGUCCGCGGAAGCUACCUUGUCGCAAAGGCUUUUCUUCCGCUUAUGUUGAAAGGCGGUGACAAGACGAUUAUCACCAUGUCGUCUACGGGGACAAUGCACUUCCACACGGGAGGAAGCAGUUAUCAGAUCAGCAAAUUUGCUCUACUGAGGCUUACAGAGUAUCUCAUGGCAGAGUAUGCCGAUCAGUGUCUGCUCACAUAUUCUAUACAUCCGGGAGGCGUGGCUACGGAUUUGGCCCGACGACUACCAGAGCAGACACAAGCUUGGCUUACCUGCACACCAGCUUUAGGCGGUGAUACUAUCGCGUUUCUGACAAGCAAGAGACAAGACUGGCUGGCGGGCAGAUAUCUCAGCGUAAUGUGGGAUAUGUCCGAGUUCUUGGAUAAAAAGGACGAGAUCAUCGAAAAAGAUUUACUAAAGAUGAAAAUGACUUUCUAG